AUUUGAUCUACUACAUGUAGUGCACUUAUGCACGUCUGGCCUUGCAGUCGCUAGUGGCUGAGGAGGCCGUCGUGGCUGCAGGAGUCUCAGUCGGAGUCGCAGUGUCGAUGGUCGGUGACGUGGUUUCCGACGUGAUGGAGGCUUCGCCAGCCACCUCGUCGUCCUGUGUGAUGGUUUCUUGUUGCUGCGUCUGAUCCGACUGGGAGCUGGUGGUACUGCCACUGUUGCUACCCUCGCAGGAUUCAUCGUCACCCGUGCCGAAAUCCUGUGUCCAGUAAUGCAUGUAUGUGCUGUCGGCGUUGUAGGCGUAGGCUGUACCAAACAUCUUGUAGUCGCCGAGGAUGUUGGCCUUGUGCUCAGAUGAGUCCAUCCAGGCCGUCAUGACGUCCGAUACAGUUUCCUGGCCAGCGGCAACGUUCUCACCCACGGCGGUCCAGUCGAAGCCGGCCUCGGUAAUACGUUCCUCCAUGGUGGAGCCAUCCGAUCCGUUGUGAGCCAUGAAGUCAUUGGUUGCCAUAUCGUUUGAGUGGCGCAGUGCUGACGCCAGCAGCUUGCUAUUCAUACAUAGCGAUGACAAGUCAUUGGCCGCGCGUUGCUCGUUCACAAGCUCUAACAUCUUGGUCUGGUAGCCGUCGGUUUGGGUGUACGUAUGCAAGCUACGUGAGGAGCGGCGUAGGUUGCUGGUGGCGGACGUGCUCGUCAGCACACACCCGACGACAAGCAGAAAGAUAAGGGACAAGCGAAUGGAAGCGGGCAUUGCUUAAGCUGGUAGCGAUUGAAGACGGCGAGUUGAAUAAUGAGCAAGAUUGAGCAAGCUUUCGAGUUUUCGCGCUUAAGAAAGGUUCAUCUAUUAAGUCACGCCGAGGAUGCAUGCAGGGCAUUCUUGCUUUCUAGCACGGUGCAAGGCAUUCUUCCUGAGGCGGUACGAGAAGGCAACACUCUUCUCUUGAAGCGGUUGUUCGCCACGCCGACCACGAAAACGCGUCCAGCAUCGCACUAAAGGAAUACCAGCCGAAGAGCAUUCCUGUCCGAGCCGCAUUUUGUGGAAGAGGCCUCAGGGCAAGAGUGCUGUUAAAGCAGCUGGAGUGAGCGACCAGCGUUGUAACCGAGGUUGAUCCUGAUUGAAUCAGUGAUUGGGCACGUGAGGAACCGGGCGCGAUGUUGUACAGGCCAGAGUGCCGAACACCUCACUCCGGGGAGAACUGCCAAGUUGGCAGUGCCAACGAUUGCCGCCGACUGCUGUUGAUGAUUCCGUCCAUGAGUGUAUGUUGAAGUCGUAUGCAUCACGUUGGGAUUUGCAAGAGAUCACCACGAAAGGCUGAGGAGAUGUUAAGAAAGUUAAAGUCUAGGUAUUACACAUACGCUACGAACUGCGAUGAUGUUCACGCAAGAGCAG